AUGGGUGAACGCUCAACUAAGAAGUUUAAAAUUGUUUUACUGGGCGAAGGCCGCGUGGGCAAAACGUCUAUCUUAUUGCGUUAUAUUAAAGGUGAAUACAACGACCAGCAGGUAUCGACAUUACAGGCUUCGUAUCUCGAUAAGCGAUUGCUUGUUGACAAUCGUCGCGUGGCGCUUUCGCUCUGGGAUACGGCAGGUCAGGAACGUUUUCAUGCCCUUGGCCCCAUCUACUACCGAGACGCCGAUGGUGCACUGCUAGUGUAUGAUAUAACAGAUGCUGAAUCGUUUCGCAAGGUCCGUACGUGGGUGCGAGAAUUGCGGCGCAUUGUUGGUGACGAUAUUUCAAUUUGUAUUGCCGGCAAUAAGAGCGAUUUGCAUCGGAACCGCAAGGUACCGGAAGACGAAGCCAAGCGUUACGCUGAAUCAGUGGGCGCUGCACAUUUUGACACGUCUGCAAAGUUAAAUCGUGGUCUAGAGGAUGCAUUUGUUGAGCUCACUCGUCGUAUGUUGGGUCGCACGGGUGGUAAGAAGAAAAAAGGCAGUGCAUUAAUUGCCGAUGAUGAGGACGACGAGCCGUUGGCCAAGCCCCCAACUAGUAAGCCUCCGACUAGCAAGACACGAUCACAAUCACAGACACAGCAAGCGCAGACACAUGCGGAACUGAACAGAACAGAAGAAGUACCGAGAAGUCGCGGCGGUGGACGAGGACAACCCAUUCAGAUUGUGGAGGAUGACGAUGGAUUCACUCCUGGCGCAUCGAAAAAUACUGGGUUGAGAGUGAGAGGAGCUACACAUGUGGACACGGGCAAGGCCAAAAGCGGCUGUUGUUGA